AUGGCGGACAAUAUCCGAAGGGGUUUGCAGAACCUCAAUUUGGGUGCUAAUGAUCCUCCAGUUCAACUCCCUGUUCACGUCCUUAAUGAAGCUGUUGCUGAGAACCGAUUCAUCUUGAUUGGAAGACCGGUCAUGCCUAGGCGACAAAAUAUCCGCUCAAUCAUUGCAAAUCACCCGCGUAUUUGGGGCCAAUAUGGCGUACAAGGAAGACUAACUGAGGGUCGUCGAUUCCAAUUUGUCUUCCCUACGGAGGAAUCACUGGAGAUGGUGCUUCGCCGAGGUCCAUGGGCCUUUGCUGAUCGUAUGUUGAUUAUGGAACGCUGGUCUCCACUUUUUAACCCACUGAUGCUCAACUUUAUACCGUUGUGGAUUCAAAUCUGUGGCAUUCCCUUUCAAUACAUGAGUCAAGAUGCUGUUAUUCACAUUGGAAGGGCACUAGGAAUGUACAUGGAAGUUGAUUACAACAGCGACACUACGGCGAGGAGAAAGUUUGCAAGGGAUAGAGUCAAUUGGAAUGAUGAUGAGCCUCUAAGGUUUCAAAGGCAAUUUCAAUUUGAAGCAGGGGUUAACACUAUGCUCAGGCUUACGUAUGAAAGACUGCGUGGUUUCUGUGAGACAUGUGGAAUGUUGACUCAUGAUUCUGGUGCUUGUCUCAUCCAGAAUGGAGGUCCUGAUAAUGGAGGUGCAGAUGAUUCUGGGAGUGAGGAUGAUAAUCUGGAGGAAGAUCCUGCGCCACCACAAGGUUUAAUCAUUGAAGAGAUUGUUGAGGCUGAUCAACAAGAAGAAAACGUAGGUGGUCUGGAUGCUGCUGUAGAUAAGAAUAUGGAUAAUGAGAUCCAAGUGGAGGAGAUUGCAGAGGAAGAUGAUGCGCUCUGGUAUGGUAAUGCAAUGCCAACAAUGUUUUCGGAGGAGUACAAUAUGAAUGAAAUGUUUAAUCCUCUGUCUGCGGUUGGAGAACGUCCGGAUACCCGUGAAGCUCUGAAGAGGAAAGCUAGGAUGGAGGCUGCUAAUGAGAAUGUAAGCAUAUUUACAAAUCUGGAACAAGGUGAAUCUAGCACGAAGAGAUACACAAGACGCAAGAAGAAUGAAGGUACACAGACAAUACCACAGAGGAGUAUUAACAAUGAUGCUGCUGAUGUCCCCUCGGAGGACACACCAAAGGAAGGAGGCCCGGUGGGCCCAGAACCACCACUGCCGCCAUGA